UCGUAACAGAAAACAGUUUGAUUGGUCGGCUGAUGUGAUGUCAUCAUGUUUUGCGGGUAUAAACUCUGGAAGGAGAACAGAAGGAACAGCUAACGAACAGCGUUUCCUUUAGGCAGCAGAUCAACAGAGAUCCAAACUGACUUCAGAUCUUCAUCGCUUCACUUCAGCACAGCAGUGAUGAUGAAGCUUCCUUCAGUCCUCCUCCUGCUUCUGGCUCCAAUGGUGGCUAACUGCUUUGUGCGCUACCUGCCAGAAGACUGCAUGGAGAUCCACAACCAGGACAAGACACUGAGAAGUGGAGUGUUCACCAUCUACCCCUCUGGUUCCACAUCUGCUGUGGAGGUCUACUGUGACAUGGAGACUGAUGGAGGAGGCUGGACGGUUUUCCAGAGGAGGCUGGAUGGCUCUGUGAACUUCUACAGGCCCUGGAAUGAGUAUAAGUCUGGUUUUGGCCAAGCUUCUGGAGAGUACUGGCUCGGUCUGGAGAACAUCUAUGGGCUGACACGUCUACGGAAGCAUGAACUUUGGGUGGACAUGGAGGAUUUUGAAGGAAGAAAAGUGUUCGCUCGUUACUCUUCCUUUGCAAUCAAUGCUGAAUGUGAGGGAUACGCCCUGCAAGUGUCUGGAUUCAUAAACGGAGGAGCCAAUGACGCUCUGACUUAUCACAACGGCAUGAAGUUCUCCACCUUUGACAAGGACCAGGACACCUGGCCAAAUAACUGUGCAAAGAGUUUUUUAGGGGCAUUCUGGUAUAAUAGCUGUCACUAUGCAAACCCUAACGGUGUUUAUCGCUGGGGGGCUGAUGGGACCAUUUUUGCUAUUGGGGUGAGUUGGUUUCAAUGGAAGGGUUAUGACUAUUCUCUGAAGAGAAUCAGCUUUAAGAUCCGUCCUGUGAAAUAAAUCUGUAGGACAAACGUUCAGCAGUGCAGCUUGGUCUGCUGUGUAUAAAUAAUCUGUAGAAUCAUUGAAUCAGAAGCUUCAAUCCAGACAAAUGAUGAUUGGGAGCAGCUGCUGCUGCCUCUUUGGUGGAGGUUUCAUUUCUGAACUGAAUCAUUUCCUGCUGACAAUAAACAAGAAGCAAAGCAACAAC